AUGAGACUCUCCUGCAAGGUCGUGGCGGUCCUGCUGUCCCUGGGCAGCUUGCUGCUGCUCUAUCUGCUCGGGGGCAGCGCCGACGAGGCGACCCCCAAAGCACCGCCGGGCAAGAGCUGGCUGCGCGCUGCGCUCUCGGGCCCCGGGGGAGCCAGCGCGCCCUCUCCCUUCGCCGGGGUCCGACCCUUGGGAGCGGCUCAAGUUUCUAAGCGGCUCCGGCAGCCACGUCUCCACACGAAGCCAGGCAGGAGAAGCGCGGGGAGGCAAGACAAGUUUGGGAGCGUUAGCUUCAAUAACCUCUAUGAAAUGUCCCCAUUUUCCAAUGCCUUUAGUAGUACCUGCCUCCCCGAUUAUUGUGAGGAUCACCUGAGGAGACGAAAGAGCAAUUGGUUGUCUUCAGAGCUCUAUGUAAGGGGGCAGCUGGUUAUUUUCUCUCCCUCUUUUUUUUUCUUUUUAAACGUCUUCUUCCCCAAGGUGAUUUUAAAGGAUGUGGACUCGCUUCUCUAUGUAGACACCGAUGUCCUUUUUCUCCGGCCCAUCGAUGAUAUCUGGAGGCUCCUCAAGCAAUUUAAUUCCACCCAGCUUGCAGCCAUGGCCCCUGAGCACGAGAUCCCCAAGAUCGGCUGGUAUAGCCGUUUUGCUCGCCACCCUUACUAUGGAAUGACUGGAGUCAAUUCCGGAGUGAUGCUGAUGAAUUUAACUAGAAUCAGAAAUACACAGUUCAAGAAUAGCCUGAUUCCAACGGGCUUGGCUUGGGAGGACAUGCUGUACCCUCUGUACCAGAAGUACAAGAAUUACAUCACGUGGGGAGACCAGGAUUUACUGAAUAUUAUUUUUUACUUUAACCCAGAGUGUCUCUACGUGUUUCCAUGCCAGUGGAAUUAUAGGCCAGACCACUGCAUGUAUGGCAGUAAUUGUAAAGGAGCAGAACAAGAAGGCGUGUCUGUUCUUCAUGGUAACCGAGGUGUCUAUCAUGACGACAAGCAACCAACUUUCAAGGCAUUAUAUGAAGUGAUGCGUGAUUUUCCCUUUCAAGACAAUCUUUUUCAAUCCAUGUAUUACCCUCUUCAGUUGAAGUUUUUGGAAACUGUACACACUUUAUGUGGACGAAUUCCGCAGGUUUUUCUGAAGCAGAUUGAGAAAACGAUGAAGAGAGUGUAUGAGAAACAUGUCAUUGUCCAUGUCAGAUCCAACCGGAUGUAUUAUUAA